GAUGAUGGAUGAUUACAGCAGUAAAAAAGAAAAACACAUAUUAACUACUCAGCCAGGCCCAGCCCAAAUCCCUCUCAACGCAGCCAGGCCCAGCCGAAUUAUGUGACAAAACUAAAAAUGAUGAAAUACACAAAAUUUGGAGGAUAUAAAUGUAAAAUAACAAAAGCUAAAGGGCGGUUCCAACUAUUUCCCAAUCUUUAUAAUAUACCCUCGAGACUUUCCAAUCUUUCCUUUUUGCCUCAGAGGCCAUUGGCGAAGAACAAAGUUUGAACCUUUUCUUCAUCCAUCUCUCUCCGUCGCUUCUUCCUAACGAUUCCUUCACUCGAAUCAGGAUCUAUCCCUUUAAUCGGCAAAUUAGUAUGUGAGCUUUUGAUGAUUUGGGGCUUGAAACCCUAGAUUUCAGCUUAAUCUGGGUAAUUUCAUUGGGUUGUGAAAUUUCUGUGUAAUUGUAUUUUGGAGAAGAUAUUGAUUUGGUUAGGUAUUAAUCAAUCUAUAUUUCUCUGUUAUUGGUUUAGGUUUGUGAAGGUUUUUUCUAGGGUUUCGAAAAGAUGCCGGCGACAGCAGGAAGAGUGCGUAUGCCCGCAAACAAUCGGGUGCAUAGUAGUGCAGCGCUUCAGACUCAUGGAAUAUGGCAGAGUGCGAUUGGUUAUGAUCCUUAUGCACCAACUAGUAAAGAAGAGCCUAAGACGACACAACAGAAAACCGAAGAUCCCGAGAACUCGUACGCGAGUUUUCAGGGACUUUUGGCUCUUGCUAGGAUUACGGGUUCGAAUAACGAUGAGGCUCGUGGUUCUUGUAAGAAGUGUGGCCGUGUUGGGCAUUUGACGUUUCAGUGUAGGAAUUUCUUGAGUACUAAGGAGGAUAAGGAGAAAGAUCCUGGUGCGAUUGAAGCUGCGGUUUUGUCGGGGUUGGAGAAGAUUAGGAGAGGUGUUGGUAAAGGUGAGGUUGAGGAGGUGAGUAGUGAAGAGGAAGAGGAGAGUGAGAGUUCUGAUUCUGAUGUUGAUUCUGAGAUGGAGAGGAUUAUUGCUGAGAGGUUUGGGAAGAAGAAAGGUGGGAGUAGUGUUAAGAAGACGAGUUCGGUUAGGAAGAAGAAGAAGCGUGUUUCUGAUGAGUCUGAUUCUGAUUCGGAUUCUGGAGAUAGGAAGAGAAGGCGGAGGUCGAUGAAGAAGCGGAGUUCGCAUAAGAGAAGGAGUUUGAGUGAGUCUGAGGAUGAGGAAGAGGGAAGGAGUAAGAGAAGAAAGGAGAGGAGAGGAAGAAAGAGAGAUGAAGAUGAUUCUGAUGAGUCUGAGGAUGAAGAUGACAGACGUGUGAAGAGAAAGAGUAGAAAGGAGAAGAGGAGAAGGAGAAGCCGUCGUAAUCAUUCUGAUGAUUCUGAUUCAGAGUCUUCUGAAGAUGAUAGAAGACAGAAGCGGAGGAACAAAGUCGCAGCUUCUUCUGACUCAGAAGCAAAUGUUUCAGGCGAUGAUGUUUCACGCGUUGGACGUGGUUCUUCUAAGCGGUCUGAGAAGAAGAGCAGGAAACGUCAUCACAGGAAAGAGCGAGAGUAGGAAAUCGAUCUAUAUGAGCCAUUUUCACUCUCCAUUUCUCUCUUAUCAAUGUUAUGUACAAUAAUGAAACAUGUCUUUGUAUGUUGGAUUUGAUUUGUGUUGAAACAUGUCUUUGUAUUUUCACUCUCCAUACUCUGGUUUGGUCUGUUUGUUUCAAGCUUGUGUUAUAACACUAUUGAGAUACUUGGUGUUAAUUUGUGUCUUUUUACUCUAUUCCAUUAUUUACGUCGGCAAGUUAGAGCUCACGUCGGCAAGUGUCGUUGUAAAGAGAUCACGAGACUUGUGGGUUGGAUUUUUGGCAUGGCUCUAGCCUAGGAGGACAAU